UUUUCAGUCGGUAAGUUUCCGUACUUCUCAGUUUCUCGACGGCAACGUUUACUUUUCCUUUCGUUCGCUUUAAUUACCUUAUCCCCGUUCCGUAAUCCUACAGACGGCGUGAAACCCGUAUGACUGUAAUUUCUUUCUUUAAAUAUCGGUUCGGGUUGUAACUUCUGGUUUGUGCGAUUGAAAUGAGGAACACAUUCUGUAAAGAUUAUCAUUUGACAGAAGAGUUUGGCAGAGGCAGGUUCGGAAGUGUUUACCGCUGUGUGAAUACGCAGACUGGAGAAGAAUUGGCGUGCAAGGUCAUACGCAAGGCGGAUCUGCGCGACUCCCUGGACAGGGAGUGCCUUAAUAAUGAGAUUUCUAUUCUGAAAUAUGUGUGCGGCCAUCGUGGAAUUGUUGAGCUCAGGGAUGUUCAUGAGAAUGAUGAGUGCCUGUGGCUGUUGAUGGAGCUCUGCGCCGGCGGAGAUCUUUUUGACAAGAUCGUUGAGAAGAAAACGUUUGGGGAAAAAGAGGCCGCCGUGCUGAUGAAAAGCCUCAUGGAGGCCGUCGAUUACUGUCACCGCAAGGGCGUUGCACAUCGAGACCUGAAACCGGACAAUAUUCUGUUUGCUUCCACUUCUUUCUCUAACAACAUCAAGCUUGCCGAUUUCGGCCAGGCUGCUUCCUUCUCUCCAGGGGAAAUGAUGAGCGGAAUAGUUGGAACUCCGUAUUAUGUGGCGCCGGAGGUGCUGCAAGGGAAAGAUUACAGUGAGAAGGUGGAUGUGUGGAGCGCAGGGGUUAUUCUUUACAUAAUGCUCUGCGGAAAUCCUCCUUUUAGCGGAGAAACGCCGCAGCAAAUAUUUGAGGCGGUUUUGCGUGGAAGGCUGCGUUUUCCAGAUGAUCCGUGGCUCACAAUCUCGCAUUCGGCAAAGGAUUUGAUCCGCCGAAUGAUCUGCAGAGAUGUUCACAGGAGAUUCAGCGCAGAGCAGGUUUUAGGGCAUCCUUGGGUAGUGGAAAACUGUUAUUAAUGGUUUCAAUACCUCUGUAAUUUUGUGAGAUCUUUCUUCUUUCUUUUUUUUUUGAUGAAACGAUGUAACGGAAUCCGGCUUAGCCGGAAUGAGCGUGGGUUUCAAUGUACGGCGGCUAAGAAACAAAAUACAAAUUGCGAAAGAGGCCGAGCUAAAAGCUGUUUGUGGGUUCCAUUGUGGUGAAUACACUUAUGUAUAGCGAGGGAGAUCCGAGGGAGAUCCGACAAGUAAUGUCACGUUUGUUUAAAUUGUAUCUGAAACUAUCGAGUAUGUACACCUUGAUGUAUAUAUUCCUAGAAGCUAGAAAGCUAGAAGCUUGAAGCUUGAGAUAUUUGAGGGUAGAAAUCGUUUUGAGAUAGGGUUUAUUGUAAAUAUUGUGACAAAGAAAGAGAAAUACCAAAAAGCACUUUUUUUGUUUUUCGA